AUGAUUUAUGACAGUAGCUUAAUUCGCUCUUUGAGAGCCUGUUUUCAGUGGAUUUUGCAUUUUUAUUAUCCUAAUAAUAAUAAUAAUAAUAAUAAUAAUAAUAAUAACUAAUUAUUUGCCGCCCACUGCAAACGGAUGCAUGCAACAUUGAUGAUUGAUGGCCAACAAAUCCCAACCGGCAAUUGGACGCUAUAUGUUGCGUCCGUUUGCGCACCCUGUUGGAUGUUGCGUGUUUUUGGGAGUUGUUACGCCAAACUUGGAACCAGUGAAACUUUUAGCUAUGUGCAAACAGACGCAACAACUCCCAACAAUGUUGGGAGUUGUUGGCCAACAUUGUUGCGUCCGUUUGCACGUAACUCAACAACAAUAAUGUAAUAAUAAUAAUGAUAUUAAUCUUUAUCCCUUUAAAGCUCCCGCCAAGUUCAUUAAUGUAAGCAGUGAUCAGUCUGUUAUUGAAGGCGGUAAUCUACUGCUAGUUUGUGAAACAUCUGGAAAGCUAGCACCAAACAUCACUUGGACCAAAAUAGGACAGGAAAGCGGCGAAAACAAAAUACUGCACUUGGGGACCAGAUACAAAAUUGAAAAUGUUAGUCGUAGUGAUGCUGGAACAUACCGUUGUACAUCAUUCAAUGGAGUAGGAAAUUCUGUUAGUCAUUUACUUACAGUUGAUGUUAUAUGUAAGUAUGGCUAUAACUUUAAGUCCUUACAGUUUUUUAUCGUAAAGUCAGUUAGUUACUACUAA